ACAAACGAUUAUUUUAUCUUCGCCAGCACUAUAGGAACGACAAGGUCGGCACACGAAAACAAAACAGUCAUGAAUAUACUGACUAGUGAAAUUUUAACCUAUUAGCGUGGGACUUUUGUCAUAUUUUGCCCGGUCAAUAAGGAGACAGACAACAAAACAGUAAUUAAAAGUGUCUGAAGGCGUAGAGUGUAUAAAUUUGUCUAUUCAAAACCGGCUCUUUAAAGCAGCACUUGGACAGUUGUGUAAACAAAUAUUUAAUUAAACUCUAAACCUAUACAAUAUGUAAAAAUGUUCUGACGCAUGUUUCUAUUCUAUGGCAAAAUGAAAUACAUGCACUCAUGCUUUAAUAACAUCGCACUAUGUAGUGGGAUCAGCUAUCAAUUCUACAAUUCCUAUUAAAGUCGAAAAUGAAUUUGGUGAUACAACAAUAUCACGCUGGUGUUCUCCUAUUGCUUUUGUAUGGUGUUUGUGAAUCUGCCUUCACAAAACUUGACAGUUGUUUAGACGAAGAUGAAAAAGUUCAUAGAAUAAGUGAGAUUUCGUUGGAGAAAUGUAAAGAAGAAUGCGGUAAAAGAUCCCAUUGCAAAGCAGUCAAUUACCGGAGACUUUUUCAGUUGUGUGAGCUGCUGAGAGUGGACCACGGACGUGUCUUAGUACACCAGGGAAGUAAAAGAUCAUGCUUAUUUGUGAAGAAAUCAGACAUUUCAAUUGGAAGUCUACCUGCGUGUAAUUGUACAGAUGGGACAUCUUGCGAUCUCGAAACAAAAACAUGCCGAAUUACAGAAUGCUCGAAACUCGAAUUAGCAAAUGCUCGUAUACUUGGCAAUAUGUUGUCUGUUGGGUCUCGUGUAAAGUUCACAUGCAACACGGGUUACUUGGAGACAUCAGGCGAAAAGUACGCGACAUGUGGAACAUCCAGUCAAUGGUCAUAUCAGCCACAAUGCAUACGAGACUGUGGUCCUUACCCAAAUGUUGCUAACGCUCAACUGAUCGGCGGUGGAGACUCAACUAUAGAAGGUGCACUGUUGCAGUACGAAUGCUUGUCUGGGUACACACCCAUCGGAAGCACGAGCUACUUGCGGUGUACUAACGAUGGUAUAUGGUUCGAUCAAAACGAAGUCCAUUGUCAGAAGCUAAUUGGAAGUACGUGUUCGGCUCAUUCGGACUGUCUGUUAACAGGAAGUAUGUGCGUAAACAGCAAAUGCUUCUGUCGUCCAUUAUACCGUUACAAAACUGAGAUCAACGACUGUUUCCAAGAAUGUUUAUCAUUUACUGACACAUUUACACCACAUGUGAAUACUGGAUUUAGUGGUUACAAUGAUGUAGGUUACGGGGAUGCGGUCGAUUCCGAGGGACAAUGCGAGGAUAUGUGCAGAGGUGAUCCGAAUUGUUUGUCAUUUGAGAUUUGGGAAAACUUGGAUUAUUCAGACCCAAUAAAGAUGUGUAAUAGGGCAAGCUUAACGUACGAAGCGAUACUGGAUAGUGAUCCGGGCAGUAUUGUUCAAUAUACUUGGAUAACGAUUUAUAGCAGAAACUGUAUCUAAACUGGAUCGCGAAAACUAGUACUUCAAGCACAUUUAUACAUAUACACUGACUGCUGAUUUUAAGGAGAUUCUGAUUUGUAUUGUUACUCUUUAACUCUCAUACCUAAAUUGCUAUAAAUUAGAUAAUUAAAUGUGCAGAUGAGUAUGGUAUUUACUUUCCAUAUUACCAUAAUGUCAUAUGGUUGUUAGGUUUGUUAUAGGGUGUAAAUAUACUUUUAAA